GUUCUAAAAAUAGAACAGGAAUAACCUACACGCUACUAAAUAUACCAUUGUAUUUACUAUCUAUACGUGUGUCAGUUUCACAAUAACCGUGAAGUUUUAUUCAUUCAUAUGCAUAAUUUGAUAGAAAACUUUGGCCAGAUAUUUGGCGUAGAGAAAGCAUAUCUGAGAAUCAUGGAAUGUUAUUGACUAACACACGAUUUUUCUUAGAAGUGUUACUUGAACAAGUGAAAAGUAAACCUCCAUAGCACUAAUAAACGUAUUCAAAGAAGGAACAUGGGAUUAAACAAAUCACAAUGUUUUGAGGAGCGCUUAGCUUCUUUAGGACUAUGGCAACAUAGAGAGAAACAUAAAUUCAACCUCAGAGAAUUUGCAAGAGCUGGAUUUUUCUUUGAGAAUUCAUUUGAUAUCCACGACGAUCCUGGAAGGUUGAGGUGUGCAUAUUGCCCAGCUGUCAUCGGAAAUUGGCAAUCAGAAGAUGAUCCAUGGACAGAACAUGCUCUCUCAGUUGAUCAUUGUCCGCAUGUGGCACAAUAUAAAGGACAGGAAUUUUUUGAAAGAGUAAAGAAUGAGGAAGAAGAAUUGUCAGAGAUAACAGCUUAUUUGGAAGAUUUUAUAAACGCAGAUGAAGCGAACUGUGAACUACACUUUGAACAAACUAGUAUUGGUUUGUUCGGCAUACCUACGUCUGCUAUGCGCAGCGAACAAAGGGUCAGCAGCAGCAUGAGUUACGAACAACCACUUGGAGGGGCAGUAGGCUACCCCUGUCAUCAACAUAGAUAUGAUGGAACUAGAAAAAGUACAAGGCAAAUGCAGAGCGUUUCCAACCGGAACAUGGACAGCAAAGAAGCACGUUUGGCAUCAUUUGAUCACGUCAGACACUUAUAUGAAACCGAUGGACUUUUAGACCAAAUAGCCGAAUCAGGGUUUUAUUUUGAAGGGAUAAAUGAGAACGGUAUAAAGGUCAGAUGUUACAGCUGCGGGUGUACUUUAUAUGACAUCAGUGAUGAUGACGACUUGUGGAGUGUUCAUGCACAAAUGGCCAAUUGUGAACAUGUCUUGAACAGGAAAGGCCAAGGUUUCAUACUUCAAGUGCAGGCGAUAGACACGGGAUGCGACCAAGAAGCAAUGCAUUUAUCUGGUAUUUCAAAGAAACCGUGCACCCAACGAUCAGGGCCAUGUAAUGAACACCACCCGGAACAAUUGUGCAUUCUAUGAUCGGCACAGAGAAAGGGACCAGGCGAUGAGAAACUACACACCCAUAGAUCAUUGCAGACUGAGGAGUAUGACAUCAAGUCACAGAACUCUCGGCGAUCAGAGCCGAGUAAGGAACACGACACGCAGAAACUGUGCACUUAUCAAUCUGUGUCGAGUAACAGGCAUUACGGCAAGAAACUGUGCACUCAUAAAUCAAUGCCGACCAACAAGCAUGACGUCAAGAAUCUGUGCACUCCUCAAUUAAUGCCGAGCAAGAAGCAUGACAUCAAGAAAAUGUGCGCCCAGCGGUCAGUGCCUAGUAAGGAACACACCUGUAAAAAUGCAUCAUGUAAGAAUACUUUAAAAACAUGUAUUCACGUUUUGACGUUUUCCAUGAAAACGGACAAGAUUAAAGGAAAGGAAUAUCUGAUUAAUCGGAUAAUUCAUUUGAAGCCUCUUUUAUUAUUAAUAACAUUGAAUAUGUUUUAAAAUUGAUACCAGAGGGUCAUGUCUCAGCCAUUUUGAAGUAUGUGACAUCUUUCCACAAAUUGAAUAGUGAAAUUACUAUGUAUUGGCUUAGAGAAAAGGGCACAAUUGUUGCAGUUCUUUUAUAUCAUGAAGCAAAUUUGAAAGAUUUAAUUCAUUUAUAGAAUUAUAAUCAAAUUUUGUUUUACGUUGUGAUUUAGAAAUGGCUAAAGCAAUGCAAGUUUGAUAAAUGUUUCAAUAAUGUAUUGUGUUCAGCUGUAGGUUUUUAUAUUGAAUUCUGAAUAAAAGUACUAUAUAUUUCGUCAGAUGUACAUGUACAUCAAUUUUAAUACAAUAUUGAUACCAGCACAUUAUUUAUGUAACACACACAUAUAUACAUGUAUAUAUAUUAGUUUAAUUUGAGCCCGCCCGCUUAGCUCAGUGGGUAGAGCGUUGGUCUACGGAUCGUGGCAGGCGUAUGUUUUCCGUGACUAUUUGAUAAACGACAUUGGGGAAGUUCACAUGGAAGCUCUACAGAAGGGUAGGCUGUUGUGUAAAUUAUACCUACUCCCACCAGUAAAGUAACCGACCAAUCAAAGGUUGAGCCCUGGAAAUAUGUAAAAACUUUUUUUCCCUGCACAUUGAGCUCUGUGAUGAAAAGCAAGGAAUCAGUAAACCCUACAACGCCGUGGUGUUGUGGUCUAAAAUUGUAUAGGCGCAGUGGCGGAAGAGGUACGUGUCCAAACUGUUUGCAAGACAAACAUGUUAGAUCGUAAGGAGCUAUGUAAUAAGCUAUGCCACAAUACUUAAAAUUCUAUUCAAUACUUAAAGUAGUAGUUUGCUGUAAGAUUGGAUUUUAUUUGAUGAUAACAAAUUAGUAUACUGUUUUAUUCCUUUUAACUUUAUAAUUUUUAAUUAAACAUGUAUUUGAAAUCAAAUAUUUGUCAAUGUCAUCUUACAAUGUAUGCAAUAGUGUAAAACUGAACAUAAGUAAAAGAAUCCGAAUUCGUUUGCCUACCGAAAAAUUGUUACCUCAUUAAAAUAUUUUGCUUUGUUUGUAUGGCGUUUUUGUAAUAAAAAAAGUAUGUUAAAAGUUAA